AUGGGUUACGGCAAAAUUGCACGAGCACCGAUCAAAUAUCCGCCGAAGACUGACGACACUGCAUCUACGCCACAGUGCACCGUGGAUUCAUGGGCUUUGCUGUGUGGAGAGCCCGAAAUGAGGCGAGGCACAGAUCCUACACUGAUGCCGACCUAG